ACCGAGCGAAUGUCAAACGCCGAGACCAGUUAGCUGCGAAAAUACAGAGCUUUAGGCCGCGGGGUGCACGGUGCACCGAUGCUGAUCUCUGCAAAGCUCGUCUUCGAAAUGUAAAAGGCAACAGCUGAGCUUCACCUCGCCGGUACAAAUACUCCGCCUCGCCCCUCUCGCCAGCCUCACUCCUUCGCGCCUUCGCCUCCCUACCGCGUGCUAGCUACUCGUCCACCACCAUGGCGCGGCUAGGACGCUCGGCGUGGCUCCUCGCGGCGGCCGUGCUACUGUACGCGGCGGCGGCGCAGCCGGACUGCGCGAACGCGACGUUCCAGGCGGGCCGGACGUACCGGCGGUGCGACACCCUGCCGGUGCUCGGCGCCAGCCUGCACUGGACGUACCACCCGGCGAACGGCACCGCGGACGUCGCGUUCCGCGCGCCGCAGAGUAGCAGCGGCGGGUGGGUGGCGUGGGGCAUCAACACCCAGGGCGCCGGCAUGGUCGGCAGCAGCGUGUUCAUCGCCUCGCAGAUCAACGCCACCGGCGCCGGCGCCGGCGGCGUGUCCGUCGUCACGACGGUGCUGGAGAGCUUCAGCCCCAGCCUGAGGAACGGGACCCUCAGGUUCGACGUGCCGGCGCCGCCCGCCGCCGAGUACUCGGCCGGCGCGUACACCAUCUACGCGACGGUGGCGCUGCCGGGGAACUCGACGACGCAGAACAUGGUGUGGCAGGCCGGGCCGGUCAGGGGAGGGGCCAUAGCGAUGCACCCGACGACGGGGGCGAACCUGAGGAGCACCAAGAAGCACGACUUCACGUCUUGAUGCGUAGUAGGCUUAGGAAUAAGCAUUAUUAUUAUCAUUGCCAUACCAUACAGCAUAUGUUUCUGAUGUUGUUUGCUAUCGGUUUUUAUACUAAAUAAAAGUGCAAUGUGUUGAGGAAUUACUAGCAA